UGACACUUAUUCUGUGCUGUGCAUUUAAUUUUUUCCUAAAUGGAAAUCAUCUUUGUUGAUUCAAUUUUUCCAUUUUCAAGUUCAACAUGAGUGGCUUUUUAUGGAGUUUAACUAAUGGUGAUUUAGACCAAGUGAAAGAUUUUGUUGAAAAUCAGGGUGUAGAUAUUAAUGCAAGUAUUGAUGGCCGUUUACCCAUUCAUUAUGCUGCUGAUUAUGGACAGAAAGAAGUUUUAAAUUAUCUUAUCGACAAAGGAGCUAAUAUAGAUGCAAAAGAUAAAUAUGGAAUAAGCGCUCUAUUAGCAGCAAUAUGGGAAGGACACACUAGUUGUGUAAAAUUGAUGAUUGAUAAGGGAGCUUCAAAAAUUGGAUCUACUCCAGAUGGAGCUAGUUAUAUAGAAGCAGCAGAAAAACCAGAAAUAAAAGAAUUGUUAAAAUGUUGACAGAGAAAUAAGGAAAUAUAUAUUUAUAUUAACGUCGGAAUCUAAAGGAAAAAAAGCAGCAUACUUUUUGAAAAAAGUACAUCUUUUCGGUUAUGUAAGUUUGUUGUGCCAAAUCAUUCACUUAAUAGCAUACAAUCUUUUGGUAUGACUAUCCUAAAAUACUUGGGGUCAAGCAGUUACUUUUUUCUUACAAAUAUUUCCCUUUUAAAAAGUUGAGAAUACUUUUAUGUCCCCAUCACGAAAGGAAUUUUUGUCUGUUUAAUAAAAAUUGAUUUAAGCUCAGGAAAACCUAUUAACUGAAGCAAAUGUUUAAAAAUAAGCAUGAUUUAUUUUUAUCUGUGAUACUAUGUAUGAAAAACAGUCCAAAAUAUUGAUAUUGUAUUAACAUCGUGGUCAUAAUAGUUUGAAUAUUUAUUUUAUAAUGUUUACAGUAUUAAUAUCUAAAUAUUAAGUACUAUCUAUAUAAUCAGACUUUAUAGUUUUUAACAAUUUAGUAGAUAAUUAAAUGCUGUGUCAGAAUCCUUUGCAUAAGUCUUGGAUAUUUUGAACUGUAAAAAAAAUUUGUGAUGUUGAAAGAUCAAUUCUAUUCCAUUUUCAUCUUCACUUUGCAUCUAUUUGCACUUGCAGAAAAGCAAAUAAAAACUGCAAUUUUGUGUUUUGCUGUGUGUUAAAUUGAAUGUUGUAAUACUAAUAUUUUAAUGUUUAUUUUAGAAUUAAAAUUACUUACAAUCUUUGUAAUUUUUAAGUAAACCUUUUAGAAAAUUUGCAAUAAAUAUUUUGAAAUGUAUAUGUGUAUUUUUUUUUUUUACAAUGUAAAAAGUGCUAAAAAUUUUGUUCUAAAAU